AUGCAAAACUUCUACGAGUCAAUUCCAAAGACCAAGCUCAAGCGAUUCCCCAAGAAUCCUCACUUUGAGCUGCCCUUUAGAAUGGUUGUCGCGAGUCCAAGUGGAUCAGGGAAGUCGAACACUGUUCUUUACAUCAUUGCGCUUCUUAGCAAAUGCUUUACACGAAUAAUCAUUUGUACAAAGACCAAUGAGACGCUGUAUGAUCACCUAAAAGAUACUAUCGACAAUGUCCAGGUGAUCGAAGAAGGAAUGGUCCCAGCAAUGAGCGAAUACGACUCUGAAACGAGCAAAUUGAUUAUCUUUGAUGACCUCGUGUUAGAACCAAAGAAAACUCAAGCUCAAAUUGGACAAUACUUCAUAAGGGGAAGGAAGGCCGCUUGGAGCAUGAUCUACAUCAGCCAGAGCUACUUUGGAAUACCAAAGACCAUUAGAAUCAACUCUCAGUACGUAAUUCUUGGGAGAAAUUUAACGAGCCGCGACCUUGGUAUUAUCUGUCGCGACUUCCCCACUGAUAUUCCGAUCAAAACAUUUAUUGAUCUUUACAAACGCACAACAUCAGAGAAGAUGACUACCAUGCUAAUGGAUAUCACUGAUAGAAAAAUAUAUCGCAAUGUCAUCGAGUAUGUUUGCGACUUGUAA